GGUUCUGAACCGGAAGUUUCAAACAGCGCCAUAUUUUGCAUCAUAUAGGAGUUCUGGGCGCCAAUUUUUCUGUUUCCUUUUAUAGCUGUAAACAACUCUAUUUACAACUCAUUAAGUUGAGAUUUAGUUGUAUAAUCAUGUCGGAAUCGGAUUCUAAAGUGCCAGCAUCCGAAGAGGAACCCGAAUAUAUAGUAGAAAAGGUUGUCAACGUAAGGGUUAGAAAUGGGAAAAAGGAAUAUUUUCUCAAAUGGAAGGGUUAUGGAGAGUUAGUAUAUAUUUCUUGCUAAGAAAUGAUUUUUUUUUCAAUGUUAAAUGUUUCAGUGAUGAGAAUACGUGGGAGCCGGAGGAGAAUUUAGGAUGUCCUGAACUCAUUGCAGAGUUUGAAAAAAAAAGAAAGGAAGAGCGUAAAAGGAAAAGUGAUAGCAUCGAUGUGAGGAAGAAGAAAAAAACUAUUGAUGACGAAGAUAAAGGCCAACUCAGAGGUUUUGAUCGAGGCCACGAGCCUGACAGUAUUAUAGGAGCAACGGACACCUCUGGGGAGCUUAUGUUUCUUAUGAAAUGGAAAGAUACAGAUGAAGCCGAUUUAGUACCAGCGAAGGAGGCGAAUGUUCGUUGUCCUCAAAUUGUUAUCAAGUUCUACGAGCAAAGAUUAACUUGGCACACUCACGAUGACGAGUAGGGAGCGGUUUUUACUUGAGUUCUUUUACAUAAAACGCAGUAGACGGCUUUUAGUCGGAUUUGCUCAAUGUACUUUUAAUGUAUGAGCUUGUUUUUCUUAUGUAUAUAUGUAGCACAUGUAUAUUUUGUAAUAAAGCGAACCGUUGAAAUAUAAUUCUUUCCCGCGCAUUUCAUUAAACAUGGACGAUUGCUGGAGCGAAUUUAAAGCCAGCCCGAUGAAUAUGACAGACCCAUGGGCAUCACAAUCGGAGAAAAACGCUCCAAAAGCAUUCAUUAUGCCUAACUUUCGAAAGGAUCUCACUUCAGAGGAAUACAUAGCUUCGUUAGAGCACAAACUUAAGAAAUUACAAGAUAAAAGAAAAAAGCCCUCCGCCAAAGAUAUGAUUGAAAGUUUGGCUGGUAAGAAGGAAAUGUGUAUGAAGGAGACUAUUGAAUCAAAUAAUUAUGACGAAGAGCAGGAAGAGUCAUUUUCUGACAAUUUCGGCGAUGGUAAAAUCGCCUCUUUGCAGCGCAGAAUUAACCCGCAAAGGCCAGUAAGUGGCGAAGAAGUAAAAAGCUUAGUACACCAUGACAUUUUGGAUAUUCAAAAAGCAAAAUUAGAAGAAGAAGAAUCAAAUUCUCUUAACAUGUUUACUGAAGCAUUAUCAUCUCUUGCCUCAAAACAAGAAUUAAAUAUACCUAAAGAGUCUAAAGAAAAUACUGAGUCUCCAGUAACACCAUUAGAAUGUACAGAGCCUCAGUAA